AUGACUCAACAAAUAAUCACCUACGAUAUCAAACCCACAAAGUUGGUCCCAAACUCUCCAAAGCCACUUCUGCUUUACAAGGGCUAUUUCCUGCGAGAUGGAAAAGUAGACUCUACCCUCGCAUUCAACACCUUUAAGGAAAACGGAUGGGACACACAGUGGGUAGCUACAUAUGGCCAUUACCAGCGGUCACACUACCACGUCGACACGCACGAAGUAAUGAUAGUUCUAUCCGGCCCAGGCAAAAUUCGCUGGGGUACCGCAGACUUCGGAGAUGAUGCUCACAAUCAUACCUAUGGCACUGCCUCGGAAGAUGGUGCCUUAUACUCUGACGCCAAUGUUGGUGACGUUUUCCUUGUUCCGGCCGGUGUCGCGCAUAAGUCUUAUAAUCCCACUGCGACGAAUUCAGACGCAAUAGGCUUGGCUGGUGGGCAAACAAUGUUAUCUGAGGAUACGAGGAAGUCUAUAGGAGAGCUUGAGGUUUCGGGAUUUACUAUGAUGGGUGCUUACCCCCGCCACUUGGUUUGUGGAUGGUCGGAAGGGGGUGAUCAUGUUGGGCAAUUUGAAUCUGUUUGGAAUGUUCCAAUUCCUGAGCUGGAUCCCUGUCUUGGACGCGAUGGUGGUAUUAAUGACUACUGGAAGUGCUACUGA